AUGAUACGCUCAGUCAUUCCGAUGGCUGUCCGUCAGGUACAGGUAAGAGCCAUGGCAUCCGGCAAAGAUGUGCCGGUAGUACGUCUCCAUGAUGCCAAGAGGAAGGAUGUUGACGAAAUCAUUGAGCCGUCCAUCCCUAAGGUCCCCGUACCUGUCCUAUACGAUGAAACUGCUGAAAUUGGCGGAAGGCCACUGGAACAUACCGAAGAGCGUACUGCCCGCAUAUUCCGCGCUGCUAGAGAGGCAACUCAAUCCCCGUGGAAUAACACUAAAGCGUGGCAUAUUGAACUUGACAAUCGCGAACGUUGGGAAAAUCCACUCAUGGGAUGGAGCAGCACUGGAGAUCCAUUAUCAAAUAUAUCUAUGAACUUGAAGUUCGCUAGCAAAGAAGAUGCAAUUGCUUUCUGUGAAAAAAAUAGAUGGACUUAUGAAGUGGAGAAAGAACAUUUUCGAAAAAUCUCGCCGAAAAGCUAUGGAUCCAACUUUUCGUGGAAUAAGAGGACGCGUACUAGCUGCAAGUAA